AUGACCACCUAUCGGCCCCUUCCCAAUGAUGGUGUGGACCUGGCAGCCACCUGUGGGGCCAGGGGCGCUGAUGUCCUCCCGGGGCCGCACACGGGAGACUACACUCCCAUGGGCUUCUGGGCACAGAAUGGCAGCAUGUCCCAGCCUCUCGGGGAGAGCUCAGCCGCCACCACUCGCCCCAGCCCCACCACUCCCGCCAUGCCCAAGAUGGGCGUCCGAGCACGAGUGGCCGACUGGCCACCCAAGCGAGAGGCCUUGAGAGAGCUGAACAAUCCCAGCCCCUCGCAGGACGCAGAUGGUGCCAAGGCUACCACCAAGGUGACCCAUUCAUUGAGGAGCCUGCAGAAUGGACCGGCCAGCACCACCAGCGCCCCAGUGGCCUCAGGGUCCAGAGCCUUCCACCGACUGUCCCGGCGAAGGUCCAAAGACGUGGAGUUCCAGGACGGGUGGCCCAGGUCCCCGGGCCGGGCCUUUCUGCCCCUGCGACACCGCAGCAGCAGCGAGAUCACCCUGAGCGAGUGCGAUGCGGCGGCUGAGGACCCCGGGGCGGAGGCGCGGGGUGCACGGCUGGCGGGGGCGCUGCCCCUCUUCCGGGAGUACGGCAGCACAUCCUCCAUCGACGUGCAGGCCGUGCCCGAGCAGAGCUUCUUCGACAUCCUCAACGAGUUCCGCAGCGAGCAGCCUGACGCGGUGGCGGCCGCGGCGGCAACG